UGAUGUAAAACAAUUAAUUUGAAUACAGUGAUAACUUGGUUAACGAACCCCCGCUCGUUUACAGCGAAGUCGAUAAAUAAUGUGGCACUGCGCUUGCGCAGGUCAACGAAAACCCGUUAUAGACAGUCUAUAAACAAGUGUCCUAUGUGCUGUAUGUGUUAUAUUUAUGUAUUAGUACAUAAGUUAAAACGAUGUCUAGUAAGCGUAAAGUCAUAUCUUUGGAACUUAAAAUGCAAAUCAUCAGAAGGGUAGAAGCAGGCGAAAGGAAGAGUCAUGUGGCACAAUCAUUGGGUUUGGCACAGUCCACCAUAAAAACUAUUCUGAAUCAAGCAGAGAAGGUAAAGGAUUCGGUGCAGAAUUGCUCUGGACACACGGCGUACAAGUUGACACGUACCCGUGGUAGUAUUAUCGAGAAAAUGGAAAAGAUGUUGGGAGUUUGGGUCGACGAUAUGACGCAGCGCAAUGCUCCACUCACGCAGACGGUCAUUCAGCGUAAAGCGUUAACAUUGUUUCAUCAGCUUAAAGAGCAGGAAUCUGAAAAAACCUCCGAAACUUUUGUAGCUUCGAGGGGUUGGUUCGAGAAAUUCAAAAAGCGUGCCACCAUACACAGUCUCAGGCGAACGGAUGAGGCAGCAAGUGCAGGCGCGAUGAAGUUCGUUGCUGAUCUGCAAGAGGUGAUUGAACGAGGAAGGUAUCCACCGAACCUGGUUUUCAAUGUGGACGAAAGCGUGAUUUACUGGAAACGCCUACCAUCUAAGACGGUGAUUCCCCAUUGUGCUUCCAGGAAAAAACGAUUAACGUUGAUGAUGGGUGCAAACGCGUCCGGAGAUAUGAAGCUCAAGCCAUUGCUCGUGUAUCACGCAGAAACCAACAGAAGAGCAUGGGUUACCAUAGACCUCUUCACUGAUUGGUUUCUUAAUCAAUUUUGUCCGUCCGUCCAACGCUAUUGCGCUCAGAGGAAUUUGGAACCUAAAGCACUUCUGAUAUUGGACAACGCGCCGGGUCAUCCCUCCAACCUCGGCUCCCUUCAGACUUGUAUUCCAGUUGAAGUCAUGUUCUUACCACCUAAUACCACUUCAAUACUGCAACCUAUGGAUCAAGGCGUUAAAGCUGCUUUAAAAGCGAACUAUCUCAAACGCGCUUUCACUCAAAUGAGUCAGGCUAAAGAUAAUGAAGCGAUUGCGGAAUUCUGGAAGAAUUACGAUAUAACAGAUGCAAUCACCAAUAUUAAAGCGGCUUGGAACGAACUCAAAUAUGAAUGUCUGAACAGCGUUUGGCGGGAAGUGUGGUUCAAUAUUGUUAUGAAUUGCGAAGCGAUAGAUAAUGAAAUUACCGCUGUUUGCACCGAUGUUGUAGUAUUAGCACUUGCAACGGGAUCGAAUGAAGUUGACUUAGCCAAUGUUCUGGAUUUAUUGAAGAGUCAAGGAGAGACGCUUACCAACGAUGAAUUGCUUGAGUUAAUGGAGCAGCAAGUAAUCAGUUCGGAAAAUGAUGAAAGGCCUUUGGUUCCCAUUAGACCCAAGAAGGAAUUGACAGCAACGAUCGUGACCAGUUGUCUGAAUGAAGUCAGGCAUGCUCUUGAAAUUCUAUCAGAGAACGAUCCCGACUUUGCACGAAGUUGUGGUGUAAAAAGGACCGUUCUAGAAGCUCUGAAUUGUUACAGCGCAAUGAUAUACAAUAAGAAACCGAGAUAAUAGACAUACAAUUAACUGGA